UCAUUUUUUUAAUCUUCAACAAUUUAAUUCAAGUUUUAAUCAAAGUGGAGUGUACUCCUGAAAAUAUUAAUGAAUACAAAAAUUAUAAAAUGAAUUCUAAUCUUUUAACUGUAAAUGAUUUUAAUGUUAUAUGCCGAAUAUGUUUAAUGGCAAAAGAAAAUAUGUUAUAUUUAACAAAUGAAGAAUUUCGAAUGUUGGACGAAUGUACUUUGAAGCAAGAAACAUACCCAACAGACAAAUUUCCACAACAAAUGUGUAUAGAUUGUUCAACGCAAUUAAGAAAUUCGUAUCAAUUCAAGCAACAAUGUGUAUUAUCCGUAAAAAUAUUAUACGAAGUUCUUUCAAGAAAGGAUCGAUCAAGUGAAAUUAUUGUAAAACCUGAACCAAUUACAUUUGAUUUGGAAACAAACUCGGAUCAUAAUUCGAUAAAACUUGAAACAGAACAAAUUGAAACUACACUGAUAAUCAAAGAUGAAGAUGCUGUUAAUUUUGAUGAUGAUUUAGUUGAUGUUGACGAUGAUAAAAAUUCAUUGCAUAACAGUGACGAUGAGGAAAUGGAUCAAGAGAAACUUGAAUUAGCAAAAUGUAAAAUAGAAUUAUUAGCGAAUACAUCAUGUGAAUUACUCGAUUUAACUUGUGAUAUAUGUAAUCGAAUAUUUCGACAUCGUUCGAAAUUACUGAAACAUAUUAAAACACAUCUUAAAGAUAAAAAAUAUUCACAUUUUUGUAAGCUAUGUGAUCAAGGAUUUUAUUGGAUAAGUAGUUUAGAACGACAUACGCGAAGACAUUCUACGGGACCAAGUUUUAAAUGUGAAUUAUGUUCAAAAGAUUUUUUCGAAUUACCCGCAUUUGCUAUUCAUCAUAGAAAGGUACACAAGAGUAAACCAGUUAAAUGUGAAGAAUGUUCACGAAGAUUUUUACAUCCCUUACAAUUGGAACGUCAUCAACAACGUGGCCACGGCGUAAAAGAACAUGUAUGUGAUAUUUGUGGUGAAAAAUUCGCACAAAAUUCACAUUUAAAGCGGCAUCGUACGAAUCAUUCAAAGGAAAAACCAUUUGCGUGUACUUAUUGUGAUAAAAAAUAUAAACACCAAUCGGCUUUAAAAACACAUGUGCUUACCGAACAUACGAAAACUGUUCAAGACACUACUGCACUAUGUUUUGUAUGCGGUAAAUCUGUUAAAGAUAUCGGUACACACUUACUUUCGCAUAAACAAACGUCCGAUCAUAAAUGUUCAAUAUGUUCGAAAACAUACAAAACGAAAUACAAACUAAAUGCACAUAUAAAAACAAGACAUCCAUCCGAUGGUAUUGUUAAAAAAUAUUAUUGUAAAAUAUGUAAUAAAUCGGUAAUAGAACGUAGUAAUUUAAAAAAACAUAUGGCCGCUGCACAUAUAACGGUUAAACGGCACGAGUGUUCGUAUUGUGGUAAAAUGUAUAAAUUAAAAUCACAUGUUAAUCAACAUGUACGAAGUGUUCAUUUAGAGGAACGAUCUCAUAUUUGUACGGUUUGUAAGAAGGGUUUCUUUUCGAAGCAUAUUUUAGAAGAUCAUAUGAUCACACAUACAGGUGAACGACCGCAUACUUGUAAUGUAUGUGGUAAAACAUUUGGCCGUAAAAAUCAUUUAUAUGUGCACUCGAAAUCACAUUCUACUUAG